AACCAAUUGGUGGAAGUAUAAAAAGGCUAUUCGCUGCUGUUAGACAUCAAGCAGGCUGAUUUUUCUAAUUCAUUAUUCUAGAAUCAUCUACUCAGGGGAAUUUUAAAUUCAAGAUGAAGUUCUUGCUCUGCACCAUUUUGCUGAUUGUUGCCAUUUCGGCAUAUGCCGAUGCUUUCGGCAUGUGGAAAGGAGGCUGUAAAUCAGACGAUGAUUGCAAGGAAACUCAGUGCUGCCUGAAACAAUAUGGGACCGCAUACGGGCAAUGCAUGAAGAGACCUCAAGAAGGUGAGAUGUGCAUACCACAAAACAAAUUCAACAAAAUGUUCCAACAAAAUUCUUGCCCUUGCCCGGAAGGAUUAGAAUGCUCCUCUGGGGGCAAAGCCAAAUCCCCUGGAAUGAAUUAUGCUGUUCCACCAGUAUGCCGCCCAAUCCCAGAAACAACAGAGGAGCCAACCACAGAAUCAUAAGGAAUUGACUAGAGAAAAAAAAAACUUAUGGUAUCUGAACACAUAAAUAGAUGUGUAAAUAAAUAAUGUGAUAUUAUUAUUCCUUCUUUGUACAUUAUUUCUAAUAAAAUAAUAGAUUUUUUGUCGCAAAUUAA